GGCCAAGGGAGGCGGUCAGCUCGGAGGGCUGGGCUCCCACUGCGGGCUAGGGCCGUGGGCAGCUCCCGUGGGCAGCUGAGCGCACGUGGGCGUGACAUGUGCUCCAGCGCCAGGCCCGGAGCCCCGGAACUGGACACUCCCCACGCCCCCUCGCCUCGCCAUCGCUUCUGCUUGCAGCUUGACUUCGGGCUCGGCUCUCUCCAGCAUGAAGCUCCUGGUGCUGACGCUGGCCAUGCUGCUGCUCACGGCGCAUCUCACCCCAGGUGAUGCUCAAAAAUGCUGGAAUCUUCUUGGCAAAUGCCGCCACAGAUGUACCAAGAAGGAAGGUGUCUAUGUUUACUGCACAAAUGGUAAAAUGUGCUGCGUCAAGCCCAAGUAUCAGCCAAAACAAAAGCCGCGGUGGUUAUUUUAAGGGCUUUGAAGUCUGAAGGCAGGAAAAUGCAGAGGCUGCCUGAAGUCUGAGAUAUGUGGAUUCUUGAGCUCUGUCAAUAAACACGUCUGGCUGA